AUGGCCCACCUGCUCCCUCUGCUGACAGCCCUGCUGCUGUGCAGCUAUGGCCCUGUUGGGUCUCUGGGCUGUGAGCUGCCUGAGAACUCUGUCCAGCUCAGCAGGAUGACCUUGGGGCUGCUGGUCCAGAUGAGGACAAUCUCACCUGGUCUGUGUCUGAGGCAUAGAAGAGACUUCCGAUUCCCCCGGGACGUGCUGAAUGCAAGCCACUUCCACAAGACCCAGGACAUGUCUGUCCCCCACGAGAUGCUGCAGCAGAUCUACAACCUCUUCCACACCCAGCAGGCCUCUGCUGCCUGGAACAAGACUCUCCUGGCAGAACUGCACACCGCACUUCAGCAGCAGCUGCAAGACCUGAACGCCUGCCUGGUGCAGGGGAGGGCACAGCAAGACUCUGUGCUGACGACUGAGAGCCCAACACUGGCCCUCAGGAGGUACUUCCAGGGAAUUCAUGUCUACCUGAAAGAGAAGAGACACAGUGACUGUGCCUGGGAGAUUGUCAGAAUGGAACUCCUGAGAGCCUUGGCUUCAGCAGCAGACUUGCAAGAAAGGCUAAGAAGCAAGGAUGGAGGUCCAAGGAUAUCUUAA